UAAUACCAGUAAAGUUUUAUUUUCCUUAUUUUGUUUACGGAAACACACGGAGGUUCGAGUGACGGCAGAGGGUUGGGGUUUUGAAGAUUGAUUUGGGAAUUGAGAUAAUCGAAGAAGGUACGGUAGGAGAGGCGAGCUUUGGAAAAUUUCGAACUGAUAGACAGAAGAAGGAAGUAGAAGUCUGAAUCAGACUGUUGGUUUCGGAAGAUGGCUCGUAAUGAGGAGAAGGCUCAAUCGAUGCUCAAUCGCUACAUUGCCCUCAAAGCUGAGGAGAAGAAGAAGCCUAAGGAGCGCCGCCCAUACCUCGCCUCCGAGUGCCGCGACCUCGCCGAGGCUGACAAAUGGCGCCAGCAGAUCAUGCGAGAGAUUGGACGCAAGGUCGCCGAGAUUCAGAACGAAGGUCUCGGCGAGCACCGCCUCCGCGACCUCAACGAUGAGAUCAACAAGCUCAUACGAGAAAAGGGUCACUGGGAACGGCGAAUCGUUGAGCUUGGUGGCCCUAAUUAUACCAAACACUCUGCGAAGAUGACGGAUUUGGAGGGCAAUAUCGUAGAUGUUCCAAAUCCAGGGGGGCGUGGCCCUGGAUACAGGUAUUUUGGUGCUGCAAAGAAAUUACCUGGGGUCAGAGAGUUGUUCGAGAAGCCGCCUGAGCUCAGGAAGAGGCGAACUCGGUAUGAUAUUUAUAAGAGGAUUGAUGCGAGCUAUUAUGGGUAUAGGGACGAUGAAGAUGGAAUUUUGGAGAGGCUUGAGGGCCCAGCAGAGGAGAAGAUGAGGAGGGAAGCGGUGGAGGAAUGGAAUAGAUUGGAAGAAAUUAGAAGGGAGGCGAGGAAGAGUGUGAAGAGUGGGGAAGUGGUAACUUUGAGUGUUACUGCAGCGGCAAGGGAGCUCUUGCAUGAAGAGGAGGAAGAUGUUGUGGAGGAAGAGAGGAAGAGGGAAAGGGAGAUGAGGGAGAAAUUAGAGGAAAACGAGAGGCAGUUUGUGGUGCACGUGCCUUUGCCCGAUGAUAAGGAGAUUGAGAAAAUGGUACUGGAGAAGAAAAAGAUGGAGCUCUUGAAUAAGUAUGUCAGUGAAGGACUCUUGGAGGAGCAGAAUGAGGUGAAGUCCAUGCUUAACAUUCAGAAGUAGAUUGCUGUGUAUCUUUGGAACUGGAGUGGCAUCAGUUUUUGAUUGAGCAGAGUAGUGCUGCCAUUAGCCGCUCUUUGAUUGGUAAUCUCUUGGAUCUCAACCUUACAAGGUAUUCUGUCUACUGAGAUUUGGGAGUUUUGGCAGCUGAAAGAAGAGCCUGCUCGGGUAAAAUGUGGGAACAGAGUAGGCGCAUUGAUUCAACUAGCUAGGAGUAAUUCCGGGCGUUUGUGACUUAGAAGAGUGCAUGGCAAUUAGCUUAGUGUGGGAUCCAACUCUAAGCAUGUAAAUUGAGAUGAUGAGAGUGGUUCACGCAUGGUGGUUUUCAGAGCUAGCAUGUAAAUUGACUUGAUUACCUAUUGAAGUAAGAAGUCCCGAAGGGGGACAAGGCUUGAUGAAAAUCAAUACCAUGAUCUGGAUUUUAAGGAAGCCAACUUUGUGAACUAGGGGGAGGUACUGUCUGAACUCUGGUCCACCUGAUUUUCCUUUCUCCACAAAUGAACUGGAUAUGCGGUUAGUUAGAUUGGCCCUCUUCCUGAACCUCGAGCUUUUCUACAGAUUCAUGUUAAAGUUCGGAGCUUGCUUUCUCUAUCCUAUAUGAGAAAAGAAAACUUAGGAGAGCCCCUUUGAAACCUCCUAUGGCGGACCCCGAACGCUACUUGGUUGUUUGGGAACCUGCUAUGGCAGCAACCUGGUUUCUUUUUACUAUGUCUUCAUUACAAAUCUAAGCCGCUUAACGGUAAAAAUUCCUUACUUACAAUUUAUUUUCUUGAAAAAAAACUCAUUAUUUA